AUUUCAUUUGAUAGUUAGCAACUACUUCCGCGCUCUUUAGUGAAUAUGUUCAAUUUUCCUCACGUCUCAUUCGUAAACAACAGAGUACCUCGAGUCUUUGCUUUCUGUUUAUUUUUUAUCGAUCAUUCCUUCGUUUCGUUGGGACGUUUUUCAUUUUUGCUUUCCACGCUCGGGAGACGAAAAUCAACCAACCAACCAUACGCCCAACAUCAAAGGAAGUUUGUAGAGAAAUUGAAUUGGCUACUCACGAAAACCCUAUUGUAAGCGAAAUCCGAAAUCCACGAAAUCGAGUGUUGACUCUUUUCUUGAACACAAUUCCAUACAAUGUCGGACGAAUAUUCCUAUUCUUGUGUUGCCAAAGGAAAACUUAAAUUGAAAAAUGACGCAGGAGUUAAGAAAAAGAAGAAGAAGAAAAGUAAGGACAAAGAAAAGGAGCGAGAAGAUUUGCAGCAAGCCCUUUCCAGCGAACGAUCCAGCAGCAAUAGCAUAUCAUUGACUAAAGCCGAGAUAGCAUUCAAGCAACAACAGGAAAAAAUGCGAAAUAAACGGAUUCUUGAGAAGGCAACAACCACCCAUAAGGAGAGAGUAGAAAAAUUCAAUGAACACUUGGACACGUUAACCGAACACUUUGAUAUCCCGAAGGUUUCUUGGACCAAAUAGGUACAUUGUUGUGUAAAUACGUCGGCCUCAGCUAUGUAUUUAAUAAAAUAAACAAACCGUAUUUUGAGGAUUUUA